AGACGAAGAGAGAGAAAGAGAGCGAAAGAGAGAGAGGCACAGAGCUGCGCUCACACACACUCAUACACACACGUACACGCACAUACGCGCGCACACGCACGCAAACGCUCGUGCGCAUCGCUCCUCCGUUGGCACGGCUCACGGUCUUUCGCCUUCGCUCCGACGAGCGCCACGGGUGGGAAGCGCGAAGUUGCUCGAAAGGAGCCGCGGGGAUCCCCAUCGUCGCGGCGAACACCUGGAUAAGGAGCGCGGAGAGCGCAGCGUAAGGGACCAACGCGCGCGCGCGCAAGUCGAACCGGAACGCGGACCAUCAUGCUCGGCAAGCAGCACAUGCUCUUUGCCCUGUACGGCAUCUGCGGGAUCCUGCUAAAAGCGGCGGCAACGAAAAACAAAGUGAAAGGAGCCCAAGGCCAGUUCCCAAUUGUCCAGAAUGUGACGGUGACAGAGGGAGGGACGGCCAACCUGACCUGUCGCGUGGAUCAUAAUGACAACACUUCCCUCCAGUGGUCAAACCCAGCACAGCAAACUCUCUUCUUUGGGGAUAAGAAAGCGCUGCGAGACAACCGGAUUGAUCUGAUCCGAGCCUCAUGGCAGGAGCUCACCAUCAGCAUCCGCGAGGUUACGCUCGGAGACGAAGGGCUUUACACUUGUUCCCUCUUCACCAUGCCUGUCAAAACAGCCAAGGCCUAUCUGACUGUACUGGGAGUGCCAGAGAAACCAGAGAUCAACGGUUUUAUGAAGCCAGCCAUGGAAGGAGACAAGAUCACCCUGACAUGUGUGACUUCGGGCAGCAAGCCAGCCGCAGACAUCAGGUGGUUCAGGAACGAGAAGGAGAUUAAAGGAGCAAAAGAGGUAAAUGCCAGCGGGAAGACAUUCACGGUCAAGAGCUCGGUGCAUUUGCAGGUGGACAGGAAUGAUGACGGUGUUGCCUAUACGUGUAAAGUGGUUCACGAGGCCCUACGGUUUAUCCCACAGCAAGCAACCGAAGUGCUCGAAGUGCACUAUGCCCCACGUGUGGAGAUCAGGCAUUCUCAAACUUUACCACAAGAAGGAGAUAUUCUCAAGUUGGAAUGUGUGUCUAAUGGCAACCCCUCGCCUGAUCCAGUGAAAUGGACGAAAGAUGGGGGCAAACUGCCAGACUUGGACCGCCUGAUUGUGGACGGCAGAGAACUCACUUUCAUAUCUUUAAAUAAAACGGAUAACGGCACCUACCGUUGCGAAGCCAGUAAUCAUCUGGGCACUAACCACGCUGAAUAUGUGCUCUUUGUGUACGAUGCCCCCACUACACCCUCUCCAUCCACAACUCCUCCCUCUGUAGCCAUCCUCCCAGACUCCACAGAUCCAUUAAACUUCAAGCGACCUGACUCUGCAGUGACCGGUCAAAGAGAUCCUAAUGCUUUGGGACAGCACGGUCCAGAUCAUGCUCUGAUUGGUGGAGUAGUAGCUGUUGUAGUCUUUGUCACCCUGUGCUUAAUCAUCGUACUGGGUCGAUAUCUGGCAAGGCAUAAAGGCACGUAUUUGACAAACGAGGCCAAAGGAGCAGACGAUGCCCCUGACGCAGACACAGCCAUCAUUAACGCAGAUGGAAACCACGCACACACAGAGGAAAAAAAGGAGUACUUCAUUUAGACUGCACUCCACUCACCUUUCUCUCUCUCUCGCUUCCUCUCUCUUUCUCGCUCUCAUCCCUUGCUCCAUGUUGGAAUCUUGUCUAGCAGCAGCAAACGUUUCUUCUUAACUCAUGUCCUACGAUCUUUAUUUGCAUCCAUUUUUUUUCUUUUAUCAGCUUGUCCUGAAUCACACCUGCUACUUUUACCAGACAUGGCUGCCGAUGCCUUUUUUUUAUUCACACUGUUCACAUUGUGUCUGUAAAAAAUAUUAUAACAAUAAUAAGAAAAUAGUUGGCCAAACCACCAAUUGAAUCCAAUUCAAUAUUUCACUUGAGUUUCUUUCAGAAGUCCUUAACCAUCACUUUCUCACAGUGCCUCAAUUAUAAUAUACAGACAUCCAUUCGAGGUUUUAGUCAAUGCCUUUAUUUGGGUCGAGUGUUUUAGAAUUGGCUGCUCGCUUUUUUAAUCUUCCGCACUAUUAAAAAACGCAGUAUCAUCUCUAAUGUAUAUAUGUAUUUUUUUGGUUUCUUUUUACUCUUUACAGUUCAUUCCAACACUGUUGUAAUUUUUCUUCAAUUUAAAAGAAUAUAUAUACCGGAAACCAUUUUCUUAAAAAAAAAAAAAAAAGAAAUUAGCUGAUACCCGUUUUAACUUACAAAAAAUGCUGAUCAGUAAUUAGUGUGUGUUCCAUAGUGUGAGUGAAGAUUUACGCAAUCGGACUGAUAGCUCAGGCUCAUAUUAACCAGUAUUGUACCUGAAAUGUAGAUAUUGGCAAGAAGCCUAUAUGAUAGUUCAAGGGUCAUGAUGCAUCAACUGAAUACUCCUAUGUUUUACAUCAUCCAAAAAUAAAAGUAGCUAGUAUGAUAGAAGGCCAGGGGUUGUAGACUAAGGACACACCAGUGAAUUAAUGAAGUUUUUUUUUUUUUUUUUACAUAUAUAUAUAUAUAUAUAUAUAUAAGCUCAUCAUGUUGCUGUGUUUUUGUGAAACACUGUGUCUCUGGCUCAUCUGCGCUGUCUAACUCAAACUACAGAAUAUAAUGGUUAUGUUCACAAAUACAGACUUUUCUGCUUUUUUUUUUUGCAUCUGCCGUUCAUUUAAAUGGACAGAUUUCAGGCAUGGAAAAGUUUAUGAUUGUUAUCUGGUUUCCAAAAGAAGUAAAAAAAAAAACAAAGUGCUGUUUAAUCCUUAAAUCUAAAGGACAGAAGGUGAUUUCAAUAUUUCUUGUAAAAUCACCUCAAACAGUAGGGCCUGGUUGUAAUACUAAUAUGUUUCAUUAUACACACACACAUAUAUAUAUAUAUAUAUAUAUAUAUAUAUAUAUAUAUAUAUAUAUAUAUAUAUAUAUAUAUAUAUAUAUAUAUAUAUAUAUAUAAAAUAAGGAAUCAGUUUGAACAAAAUACAAAUCUAUAAAUAAGUACUCUAUAUUACUGGUACUGGUUAAUAGGCCCAAUAAUAACUAGACACCCAACACAAAAUCAGCUAAAACACUUUGGUGAUAUUGGACUGAUAAUUAAUGGCUCAUACAGUAGAUAUGAACAGUGUUGCUGAUUUUUACAUUCACGCAGCUUGUGAUAAUCAGACCUGUGCCAGAAAUAUCAUUUUCGUCCAUUCUGUAAUGUGAACAUAAUCAGUCAUUGCAUUGCAAUGGGCAUGUGUCUUUUUCUAAGUACACACUGCUGCAGUUUCUAUCAUGAACAUCAACCCGUAAACUUUUUAAAUGAUAAAUGAUCAGUUACAUUCAAUUACAGGAACACAAAGGAAAAUGUAACAGGCUCUUUUUUUUUAAUCUAAAGUCCAGAGUCCAGAAAAAAUAAUUGAAGGUGUUUUGUGGCAUUUGGUGUCCGCUUUUUUCUCUACAUCUGAUAAAUAAAUUAAAUAUAAGAAGCACAAGAGAGUUUGGACUACAGAGUGGCUGUUAGAAAACACACAGAUGAUGGCUAAGAAAACUAAUCGGAAAUUUUUUGUAAAUCAGUGAACAUGAUGUAAAACAUAUUAUGAUCAUUACAUCUCAUCUGACACUGAUGAAUGAUUGCAUUGUUUUUUAUUUUAUUUUAAGUAGUCUAUGUCUCUUUAUUAUUUUUUUUAAUAUAUAUAUAUAUAUAUAUAUAUAUAUAUAUAUAUAUAUAUAUUCCUUCUUUUGGAUUUCUGUAAUAAAUAGCGCCCUUGUUAAUAUGGCUGUAUAUUACAUCUGCUAAAUGUAGUAAGUAGUGAAAAUGUUGUCAGAGAUUGGGACCCCACAUAUCAUAUACGUUUGUAUAUUAGAUUAUUAUUCACAUGACUUAAAAUUAUGUUUCCUUGUUUUGUUGGUUUGGUACAUGGGGAUUCUUAAUAAGCGCUCUACAUCUUUUUUGUACACAGUUUAAUUUUUAGCAUCAGGUGUAUAUACUGUACAAGCAUUACAUUUGGUAUAAAAAACAUUUGAUGUGAUUUUAUUUUAGAUCUUAUAGUAAAAUGGUGGAGAAACUACUUACAGUGAGAAAAGUUUGGAAACACCUAGUCUUCUAUGGUUUUUGAGAAACAUGUGCAUGUUCCUUUUGUUUUUAUGUUAUAAACUAGGUCAUGUCAUGGUAUGAAUAUUUGAGUUGGACCAAACAAAUGUAUAAAUGUACACAUGUACUUUAUUUUCAUUAAAAAAUCCUCCCAUGAAUAACACACUCUUUACACACACUUGGCAUCUGGAUGGUUCAUUUCGACAAAAACAUUCAGCUUAAAUAAUUUGCCAUGCCUCUUGUAAAACGUGCCAAAGUUGAACUUCUCUGUUCUUUCUGACUUUGCAAUCCAGUUUAUCCCAGAUGAGUUCAGUAGGACAUUAGGUGUGUUACUGGGCAGGCCAAUCCAUGAUAGAUAACGCUCGAGCUGAUUGUUUGCCCUGAAAAAAUACAGAACAUGGACAUAUGCUUCAAGUCAUUGUCUUGUUGUAUGUUGAAGUUGGUUCCAAUUAGCCGCAGUCCAGGCAGAAUUGCAUUGCACUAAAGUACAGAGUGGUAGCAAUGUUGGUUUAAUAUUCCUUUCUCCUUGAAUAAAUCUCCAAUCAUCCCUGCUCUAAAAACCUCACACCAUUAUGUCUCCAUCUUCAUGUUUGACUGUGGGUAUGAGGCAGUCUGCUAGCAUCAUCUCUCCUUUUUCUAUAACUUCUUCUAUUAGAGCAAAAAAUGUCCAAUUAGGACUUAUCGUUACACAGAACUUUCUUGCAGUCAUUCACUGUCCAAUUCUUUUCGUGUUUUUGCCUUUGACCGAGUUUGUUGCAUAGAAACAAAAGGAACAUGCAUGUGUCUCAAAAACCAUAAAAGGCUAGGCGUUUCCAAACUUUUGACAGGCACAAUACAGUAUGUAUGAAAAGAGAAAAUAGUAAAUAUUGAAUAUGCCUUUAAGGACUUAUAAUAGAUGCUGCAAAUAAAGGUAGUGUUGGAAAGCGGAAACAUAGCAUUGAAUUCAAGCCCUUAAUGUAUUAUUGGUCAGAGUGCAUACUGUAGUUAAGGGACAUGAGGAAUUGAUUCCUCAGUUUGUUGUGUAGAAAGAGAAUUAUUAAUGCUGCGGAAAUGUUAGGAGGUGUAGCAGAAUUGCUGAAAUUUUGUUUCUAUUGAAUUUCUUUAGCGUACAACGUGCAGAAUGGGCAGGCUAAAAUCCUUCACUUCCAGCUUCAUGUAUCAUGCAGAAAAGCUCCCGAUAAAGUCACAUCCUGCAAUGGUAUGAUUUUAUUGUACAGUAUCAGUAGGUUGCAUAAACUCAGAUCAGACUCUAUGAUAUAAUUUUGUAAAAUGGGUCAGAAAACGAAAAAUUUGAUUUGAUUUGGCAAAAAGACACCUGUUGGAUACAAUGGAAUUGGAAAACAAUGGGAUAAACCAGUGGGACUGUUCAGAACAGCUGAAACACUGCCAUAGGUCCUGCGAAAUUGUAGCUGAAGUUACUUCAAGAGACAGUAGUGUCUUUCUUUCCUGUGAAGAUUAAUGUCGAUUGGACUUAUCGGAUAUACAUGUCCAUGUGUUUGGGAGUGCACCAGGGCUAUGUUGCGUGGAGUAGGAGCAGACUGACUUCUAACACCACAGAUGUUUCUGUGGUGAUAAAAGCUGUGCAGGAAAUUGUAAUGCCUGUUUUCAGGUGGGCUUUCUUUGCAAAUUUAUUUAGAUGGGAGAUUAAUAUCAGUUUGUUCAAAUGGAGCAACUUUUCAAUAAUUUCAUCUCCUGGUGCAUCUGCUGCAUCCAGUAUUUAACCUGAAGCCAUAUCAUUUUGAUUUUUAAGUUGUUUUAACAAUUUCUUCAUGCCAAUGCUGCAGGCUGUGCAAAGCACGUUGAGAUUUAUAAUAUGACUUAUAACUUAAAUUGUUUGACCCAUGACUUUAGGUACUAAAGAAAACAAAAAAAUGACUUUUUUCUUUUAUCAAUUCCUAUUAUCCCAUAUAAGCAGAUCUUUAUUUAGCAGAUUGUUGCAGUGACAGCACAGGUGCCGCUGAUGUCUUUGGGCUCCGUCAUUAGGAGGUUCAUCACGGCACAAAUGUUUGCAGGUGCUGUGGAGUGUAGCUUUUUCGAAAAGCUGUGAAAUUUCUCUCAGUUCAGGCGUAACUUGUAAUUGGGCCUGUAAUAUAUGAGGUGAAAUGAUCUUUAACACACCUGAAAACGCUCUAACUCUCGAAUUUUAUUUCUGCCCUACUAGCUGCGGCAUGUUACGCUCGAAAACAUAAAAAUAAUGAAACACACGCGGAGAUUUGCCAAGUGUGUAAAUCAUGAUUAUAUGUAAAUGGGUUCUGUUACAAAAUUUUGUCACAUAGCUUGGAUACAGUAUUUUAUAUUUAUUUAGUUUUGUUUUGGUGGGCUUUUUUCUAGCAAAGAUUUUUUGUUUUGUUUUGUUCCAAUGUUGUUCUUUAUAAAUAGACUAAACCCCGGUCCGACCUUAGAAACGAAAUUAAAUCCAUUUUGCAUUAUGUUAAAUUUUUUAAACACAUUUCUUUUUGUCAAAACUGCCUGUUUAUUUUGCUUUGAUAGCAGAACAUCACACAUUGCUGUUUGUUUAAAGAUAAAUAAAUGCAAACAGUAGUUUAUGAUGUCCUGCACUGAUAUUUGGAUCAAUGCAAUUUCUGUACAAAUGGAAUAAUUGAUAUUUGAGUCAAAAAUUCGCUUAGUAUGUAACUCAAAGAGCAUGUGAUUCCAUUUCUUUGGCUUUUUUUUUUUGGCGUCUCAGGAAUGUUUUUUUGGGGGGGGGUUUAUCAUUUGAUUAGACAAAUUUUCCAAAGCACCUCCCAUCCGCUGAUGCUCUCUGUAUCUGUUACAGUUCAAAACGGGCAAUUAUUAUGUUAAUAAAAAAAUCUCAGUGUUUAAGGUU